AUUUCUGCUACUUUUUGCAUCUCUCUUUGUGAAUUCAGUUUGUGGAACAGAGUGGACGAGCCCUAGCAAGCUUUGGAUCUCUUGUAUGCAAUGCUUCUGUUUCUAUCAUCUUUCCCUUUCGUUUGUUUCUCGGAUUUGCAUAUGUUCGUUCCAUUGUGAAUGGUACAAACGUUGUGUAUUACUUUUGUUACUGAAGGCAGAUUUGGGUGUUGAAAUUUGAAGUGAACAAAUGGAGGAUGAAAAGAAGAAGAAGAAAAACAAGAAAAAGAAGAACAGGCAGAUUAAGACUACAGAUGAUGCCAACCAGGGUGGUGCGGAAUCAGCUAAAGUAGACAAGAAUGGUGGUGUUGAGGAGAAUCAUCAGCGUCAAACUUCAGAGCCUACAGAUAUAGAAAAUGAUGUGCCAGACACUUUUGGGGAUGUAGAUAGCCGUCAUGCCAAUGGUACUGAAGGCUCAGUGUUGGAUGAAGCCGAGAAGCAAUACUGGAUGAGCAAAGUGGCUGGCUUGGAAGGGACAGUAAAAGAGUUACAAAUUGAAAAUGACACACUUGUACAGAAAGAGGUUUGCUUGGAAGAGUCAAUCAUUAAAUUGCAAAAAGAAAAUGAAAUGCACAAUCAUAAAGAGGCUAUAUUGGAAGAGACAAUUAAAAAGUUAAGGGAGGAAAAUGAUACACACAUGCAGGAGGAGAGUUUUUUGAAGAUGAAACUUUUGCAAUUACAAAAUGAAAAAGAUUCCUGGCUUCAAAAAGAGGGUGGCUUUGAGGAAAGAAUCAAUCUAUUGAUGGAUGAUGCAGCUAAUUUGAGAUUGAAAGGGGCAAGUUUAGAGGAAAAAAUCAAGCAAUUGGAGAAAGAGAAAGAUUCUUGGGUACGCAAGGAGAACUCAACAAAAGAGACAAUUGCUGGCCUGAAUGGUGAUAAAGCUAGACUGCAAACACAGGUGAUGGAGUUGGAAGAAUCCAGAAACCAUCUUGCACACGAAAAUCAGAGGCUGAAAGAAAGCAUGUCUGGCCUGCAGUUGCAAAUACUGAGUUUUGAGAAGAGUGUUGCUUCUGCCAGGAUGUCAACUGCAAUGAUGAUGGGUGCCUCUGGAAGGGAGGAUGUGAAUGCUCAGGUGGAACCUGAACAUCAAGUGGCUGAAAAAUUGGUCAAUGAAAAUGCAGAGCUUGCCGAGAAGGUGAAUGCAUUAUAUGCAGAGCUCGAUCAAGUUGGUGUAGCAGUUGACCCUUCUCAAGAUGCCGAAUCUAAACUGGUAGUUGGAACUGGUGAAAAAAUUGAUAUCGCUGGUCCAACAUCUGAAUUUAGAGAGAAGACAUGUACAUCUGGCGAGAGAAUGGAUGCUGGUGCCGUCAACGGUGUUCUAAUACGACAUGAGAGGACCGGCGAUGAUGGCGCAAACGCCAAGGAUACCAUCGACGGAGCUGAUUCUAUGCCCAAAUCCGGUGAGAGGAUGUCUGUAUCAGGAGGAGGGAGGAGGAGGGAGUCUCUGGGAGAUCUUAUAAAAGCCGAGGAGCAAAAUGGGGAGCAUUUGUAUGCCGAGAACACCACUGUGAUCCCAUCUCUAAGCACCGUCAACUCUGAAGAAAUUGUGCAGAUUCCAUUGGAUGAAAAUGAAGGUGCUGAAGCAGAGUUGUUGCAGCCCAGCAGCAAUGGCGAGGACGUUGACAAGACUGACGUCCCGCUCACCGAUGCUCCGCUGAUUGGGGCGCCUUUCCGGCUAAUAUCCUUCGUUGCUAGAUACGUUAGCGGCGCUGAUUUGGUAAGCAAAACCCCAGUGAAAUAAGGGGUGGGAAAUUCCUACAGUAAGUCCGAUAGAGAACUCAGAGCGAAAGGGGGAGGGGGGAGCAAUAUCAUCCAUGUAGUGACAGUGAUAGGGGUAGGGGAUCAACAACCCAACCCAAAUGGGCUUAUAAUAUACUUUGUUUUAUGACAAGCAAUUAUUAUUAUUA